GACAGAGAAGCUGUUGUGGACCUUACUAUAUUUUAACAGUAUAGUAACUGUGGUAGUAAAGUAUCUUCAACAGUAUAGUAACUGUGGUAGUAAAGUAACUUUAACAGUAUAGUAACUGAGGUAGUAAAGUAACUUCAACAGUAUAGUAACUGUGGUAGUAACUUCAACAGUAUAGUAACUGUGGUAGUAAAAUAACUUUAACAGUAUAGUAACUGUGGUAGUAAAGUAACUUUAACAGUAUAGUAACUGUGGUAGUAAAGUAACUUUAACAGUAUAGUAACUGUGGUGGUAAAGUAACUUUAACAGUAUAGUAACUUCAACAGUAUAGUAACUGUGGUAGUAAAGUAACUUUAACAGUAUAGUAACUGUGGUGGUAAAGUAACUUUAACAGUAUAGUAACUUCAACAGUAUAGUAACUGUGGUAGUAAAGUAACUUUAACAGUAUAGUAACUGUGGUGGUAAAGUAACUUUAACAGUAUAGUAACUGUGGUAGUAAAGUAACUUCAACAGUAUAGUAACUGAGGUAGUAAAGUAACUUUAACAGUAUAGUAACUGAGGAGUAACUGUCCAGAAUGAAGAUACUCCAUGUUGUCUCCUGCUGUCUCCUCUCAGCUGUGGUCUGUGUGUUGUCAGGGGUGAUUACAAACACAGCAACAGAAGGAGGAAGUGGUCACAUUGAGUGCCCUUAUCAUCGGGGGUAUAAGAAAAAUCAGAAGUACCUCUCUAAAGGGACGUACAGAGACAGAGUUGUUGUCAUCCAAACCCAAACCCAUCGGCAACCAGCGUGGAGUCAUAAAGGGAGAUAUUCUCUGUAUGACGACACAGAGAGAAAAGUCUUCACUGUGACCAUCCAUAACCUGGUCCCAGAGGAUUCAGGGACCUACUGGUGUGGAGUGGAUACAUGGGGACCUGAUCAGCCAACUGAAGUCAGGCUCACUGUGGACAAAGCUCCUGUUCCUCCCAACCCUGGCUCCAUCACCUCCAGACCUCUCCUCUCCACAUCACACCCAUCACCAAACAUCACCAUGACAACUGACUCCUCAAACUCCGCUACUGAUAGGACCAAUGGAACAGUAGGAACAACAGCAUCACCACCCACAGACAUGGCUAGAACACAAGGUGUUGUGAUGUUCUCUGGUGUUGUUCUGGGUGUUGUUCUACUACUGCUGGGUCUGCUGCUGUUCAUGUUCUUUAGACAGAGGAGAGACCGAGACAGGAGACCAACAGCAUCCAAACACUCUGCCAGACUGUUGGUGCCUGACUCCAUGACACCCAACCUAGAUCCAAACACAGGAACCAUCACUAACCCCAUCUACGCCACUACAACCAAUCAGAACCCAGACACAGCGUGUGACAUCACAGCCAUCUAUGCCACGGCAACCAAUCCUUGUCCAGAUGGCCUCUACUCCAAUGUUGGUCCGACAGUGAGCUACAAUACUGUCAACUUCUCCAGACAUCCAGCCUGACUCCACUGUGCUACUGUCAACUUCUCCAGAGAUCCAGCCUGACCCAGAGAUCCAGCCUGACUCCACUAUACUACUGUCAACUUCCCCAGAGAUCCAGCCUGACUCCACUGUGCUACUGUCAACUUCCCCAGAGAUCCAGCCUGACUGUCUCUAGUGACUGAUGCUAGUAUCCACCCAGACACCUCAUAAUGUACUGCACCAUUAAACACAGAAUUAAUUAAUGUUGUCAUUUGUUCAUGUUUUCAUGUUGUCAUUUAGUCAUUCAUUUGUGCUUUUAAAUAAUUCAUUUAUUUGAUCGUUCAUUUGUUAAUUAGUUCAUAUAUUCAUUUAAUAAUGAAUUAAUUUGUUUGUUCAUUAUUCAUAUUUUUUUUCAUAUAGUGUAUUAAUUUAUUUGUUGUUCGUUCAUUCAUCAUUCGCUAGUUAAAUCAUCUGUUCAUUCAUUAUUUAGUUUGUCGGUUCGUCCGUUCAUUCAUUAUUUGUUUGUUAAUUCAUUCAUAUUUUUAUUCAUUUUUUAAAAUAAAUAUUCUAUCAAUUUGUUCAUAUACUCAUUCAUGUAUUUUGUGUUUGUUCCUUCAUUCAUCAUUCGUUAGUUCAAUCAUCUGUUUGUUUAGUUGUAAUUUUGUUUGUCAGUCAUUACAUUCAGCACGUCCAUUCAUUCAUUCAUUCAUUGUUUCUACUGUGAAUGUAACACUGACUUGAACAAACAGAGACAGUUUGUAGCUUUUAGGAACCUUUGAUUAUUCAGUGUUUUUUACUCCACUUGAUGGGAAAUGAGACUCUGUGUAUUUAUCAAUAAAGCACCAAUAUAUUUA